AUGUAAACAUUAUAGAAUAGAUAUUAAUAUUAUGAGAAAGAUUUCUUAGGUCGUGGUUCUUUUGGAAAAGUUUACAAAGGAAAAGACACUUAGACUGGAGAAGCUGUAGCUAUAAAAAGUAUUAUGGAGUAUUUAUAAUUUAGUUAUGGAUAUGACUUUAUUUGAUGAUUAAUUCAUGAUUGAUGCAUUAAAUAAAGAAAUAGCAAUAAUGAAACAACUUUAACAUCCAACUAUUGUUCGACUUAUUGAAACGUUUGGUGAUUCAAAAUAAACUGUAAAAAAGUAUCAAAUCUCUUUAUUAGGUAUUAGUUAUUGAACUAUGUGAUGGUGGUGAUUUAAGACACUGUUUAAGUAGACAUGGAGGAAUGCUUGAAGAAGCUUUAGCUUAAUAGGUUUGCAAUAAUUAAUGGUUGGAUUCUAGGAGAUGAUAAAUGGUGGAUAUAUUCAUAGAGAUAUUAAACCAGAAAAUUCACUUAUAUAUAAGAAUGUAAAUAAAGUUGCUGA